CUUCUGCUCACUUUUUUGUUCACCCACUGAAAGUAACAGCUAAUGAAAUCUCUCCCAUUCUUUUAAGCAAUCUGUUGUUGGGAUGCCUGUCGCUCUCCUAAACUUGUGUUUCUUUCUGCUGGUGUUGAAUGUAGAGUCUGCUGUCUCUGUUUGUGACAUCAAAGUACAUACGAUCAAUUUCGGAUGCCAUCUUGAAUGGGAUUGCCCUGAUGCCAACCCUAAGACGACUUACACUGUCUUGAGCAAGCAUGGUUCAUCAUGGGCAAAUGUUUCAGGCUGCAUCCACAUUUCCCAGCAAAGCUGUAAUCUGUCCGAAGUCUUUCCUGCCUUAGAGGUCUACAACUUCAUCAGACUGACAUCUGAGCUUCUCUGGCUGAAUGAAACUCGGAUUUGCAACCCUAUAAAUGAUCCUGCUGCCAAAUUCAGCCCGCCCUCCAUAAAAAGCUCCAUGGCCAAUGGAAGUCUCUGGGUGACAGUAAAUUUUCCUUGUGCUCCAUCCAUAAGUUGCAGGCCUGAAGGUGAGGAAGAGGAAGAGGAAGAGGAGGAGAUGGGAUGCUACUGUCUUGUAAAUGAUUUUUCUAAACAUCUCUGGGCAACAGUCACUCUAUACAAUGAACAGAAUCUCUCCGACCAGCAGGCAUUCACCGCUAAAGUGUUGCGUGAAACCCCGUUCAAGGUGGAAUUUGGUUUUCUUAAACCAGGGCAGGUGUACUGUGCUGUGGCCAACUUCACAGUUGAGGGUGUGCUGAUCCCUCCUCCACCGAGCACCCAGCAUUGUGUUUACAUACCAGCAAAUAACGAAAGCCUUAUCAUCGUGAUCGUGUGUACUGUUCUCAUCACUCUUGGCUUGGUUUUUUUUCUGGUCUGGAAACAGUGUGCAUCUUCUGAUCGUCCCCUGCCGAGAUCUUUGGCUUUACUUCUAGACCUGGAUCUUCAGAACGAGACUUUUGUUGACUCCAGUAAAGCUGCACCACACAACGAGAGCUUUGAGGGCGACCAUGUUUCUGUUGUUUCCUUCUCUGACUUAACACUCACGGGCAACCAGUCUUCUUACUACAACACCCAAAGCCUGGGCAAUGGCUAUUACACAAGCCCAAUCCUGCACGGUCCAGACUGCCCUGAGGAAUCUGCCGAGUCUGAAGAGUUGAGCACAGACGUCCAACAUGAGCAGUUCCAUCUAUUACCAUCACAUGCAGAGGAGGGACGUCCAUAUCAGAAUGAUUUCCCGUCACCCAGAGACAUUCCUCUGAGCUCAGUGCGAGUUGAUCACACUCAACUGGACGACACUUCAACCGAAGACCCAGAACGAUCUGAAGAUGUCAUAUGGGAAAAAAUUAAUGUGAGACCAAUAGAAGACUUUCAAGCAAAUUGAAACCACUUUUUUUUUUUUUUUUUUUUAAUAUAACAUUUUUUUACUUUUUUAAGACUCCAUACUGAAGAUUUGUUCUCUGUACAAUACAUGUUUUUUUUGUGCUAUUAAUUUGCAACAAAGUGAUUCUGUUCUUUCACCCACUAACUAUUGUCACUUCUGUCAAAGGGAAGUUGCAACAGAUCUUUUUGCAGUAUUGUGAUGCACAUUCAAGUGAAAAAAAACACUCGAUUCUAAGAAAUAUUGUUUUCACCUUAAGAUCCAGUUAUGACAAACUAAUUGGAAAUUUUUGAUUAUUAUGAUGAUUUAAAAAAAAAAAAAAAAAAAAAAGGAAGCACAUAUGGAUGAAGAUCUAUAAUAUGCCUCUGAAAAAUAGAAAGGGUGAUUUAAAAUGUUGUGCUAUUUAUUAUAUUAUUUAAUAUAUGUAAUGCAAGUAUUAUAUAUCCUCCAUUUUGGUCUGAAUGACUUAGGUUGGGUAAUAUUAAGUUCAGCAUGUAUUCCCUUUACUUUAGGGUGAGUUGCGUCACGUCAAGCACGUUCUUCAUGCAUGUGUACAUCAAUGGUCAAAUGUCACUGACCUGAAUCUAGCAGUCAUUAUUAUUAUUAUUGCCCUUCACGGUUUAUUUGCCCCAACAAGCCAGUGACUCAGAGCACUAUAAAUCCUUACACGGUCCCUAUGCUAUUUUCGGCUAACUGUAUGCUUUCUGUAUGGUUUGAUUCAUUGUUUUAAUUUUUUUAUUUUCACUUCUGACUCAGAGUUUCCCUAUUUUGAUUCUUAUUUUCUGUGGACCGUGUCUCACAGUUAAUCAUGCUAAGGUGCACAUUUUUUGCUGAUCUUGCCUGUUCUCUGGAACAUUCAUGGAAAUGCUCCCAGGAAACAAGUGUGAAUCCAGUUUCUGGAAAGUGUUGUAGAUACGUAAAGAAUUAUGCAUGUUUUCUUGUUUUCUCUUUUGAGAGCGUGUAUGUAGACUUGACUAAUCUGCGAGGUCUAAUUGGUUCAGUUGAAUUUUGGUACUGUAACAGUGAGGGGAAAUUUGUUGUGGAGCAAUAAAUAACAGUAAGUUUUAAGGGG